AGACUUCCUUUUCAACAGCAACCACAACCACAUAGCCACGAGAACCAUUUUAAAUACUUUUCCUGGCUAUCGUGGCCUUUGCUGCGUGGUUCGAUGGUACUAAGGUCAUUGUUUUAUAGUUUCUCAAUUCAGAUACAGAAAGAAAUUCUGAAGAUGAAGCCUAGCCUUAAAUUAGAGGACUGUCAUAAAAUCUGGAGAAAUGCAGAUGCUGUCUGUUUGGAUGUUGAUAGCACAGUAAUUACUGGAGAGGGUCUGGAUGACUUAGCAAAGUUCUGUGGCUGUGGGGAGGAAGUUGCUAAGUGGACAGCAAAGGCAAUGGGAGAAGGAAUUUCUUUCAGAGAAGCUCUUGAAGCAAGACUGAAUUUGUUCAAACCAAAUAGAAAAAAGGUGGAAGAAUUCAUGAGGAUGAACCCACCAACCCUUACAAGAAAUGUCAAGGAUCUCACUGCAUUAUUGAAAUCAAGAGACGUGCCUGUAUUUUUGAUAUCAGGUGGCUUUCACUCGAUCGUCGACCAUGUGGCAAAAGAAUUGGGGAUACCAUUUAACCGGGUGUUUGCCAACAGGCUUUUGCAUACUGAUCAAGGUGAUUACAUCGGAUUCGAUAAAGAUGAACCCACAUCUGCAAGUCACGGAAAAGCGAAAGUGGUAGAGCAUUUGAAGUUCAAAUAUCAGUACAAACAGCAACAUUACUACAGGCCAUUUUUCUUCGUAAAAAACCAGGGCAUCGCCCCUUACGGAACGACUCAAAUUUAAGCAUGCGGGAAAGCGCACAACGGAGGAAAACCGGGAAUUAUUAUCUGCCUUCUUUCCUUCUACCUUUAUCAUUCGUCAAUAUCAAAUCAGACUUUCGUUGAGCCAUUUGUUUUCAAAUUCAGGGUAAAGAAAGAACAAAGUUAUCCCCAAGUUUGGUUUUCUUACUUGAAUGAGACUUUAUCACAUGUCACACGUUCAGCCAUUCAUAAAUUGUCGAGCAUCACAACAGACACAACAGGAAGCCUGCCGUUCCAUCGAAGAAGCCACUAGGCCAAUGAAAGCGCUUCCGAUAAAAAACCCUCGUGAAUGAAAAUUUUGCAAGCUAUUGUCUGGGUUUCAACGAAUAUUCGUUUUUGAGAGACAAAGAACCACGUUGUGGGGGUUUGUUUUGUUUUAGCUAAAAAACCUACCGAGGAAAAAAAAAGAAGAGUCGAAUAUGAACAAAAUGAAACAAUGAUGAUUAGCAAAAAGUACAAGUAAUGUCGCUAGCAAAACGAUUUCGCGCGUUUUUUGAAGAUAAACAAGUAUGGGAGUCUUCUGCAAUUUUCAAUACUUUAAUAAAGGAAUGAAUCAAUUUGCAACACUUUUUUUAGUAACACAGGACUCAGAAGGUAUUCACUGAUCUUGCAUUAAAAUUGUUGUUCUUUUUUGAAGACUAAAAGAUUCCUUCGACUUGCACAAGUGUUUCUCGAUAUGAAAGUAACGACCAGCUUGAUGUAAAAUUCAAAAGAAGGGUGUGAUUGGCAAAUUCUACGAAAGUGUUUGUCCUUCCUCCGAACACAAUCAUAGGACUUUAAAGGCUUUCUCUAAAACAGUAAACAAAACAAAUUAGUGUUUGGGCGUGUCAAUUUGGAAAUUUUAUGAAUAGUCUAGAAAAGUAUAUGCUAUAAAAUGUCUAUAAAACCACACAGCCAUGAAAAAGUGUUGGUGAAUCUAAUUUCGAAUUCUGUUACCAUUUAAAAUUGUAUAGUUGAAAAUGACAAAUGCCUCAAAGAUCACAAGCUUGCUUCCGAAGAAGGGGCUGAACUAAGUAAUUGCCAGCUGCACUGCCUGACGCUGUUCAGAGAAAAGUAGUUCUAUUUGAAUAUGAUAAACCUGACGCCAGGAAUAACAUGUCAUUACUAUUACUUAUCAUCUUAUUGAUGAUUUUCAGGGCCAUGAUAUUUUUAAGCUUCAGUAAAUAGCAUGUCCCUUUCUACGGCUUUUCAGCUGUUGUUUGGAAAAGCCUCUUUAAAUGCAUUUAUAUUUUCUAAUGUUAUCGAGAACGCUGUUGAUUCAAGACAUCCAAUCGGAUAAAGCACUGUUCUAAUAAAACGCCUUUAUCGCUAAAAUUGAGCUUCAGUUAUGCACUUUCACUACAACCAUUAAUGAUUGGCAGGCGUUGACAGCCAUAUAAUGAGUGCUCUAACGUCAUUUGACAAAUAUGCCCAUUAUGAAAGAAAUAUAGAGCAAGAGGAAAACUAAGAUGCAGGAAAUUGGUUUUUGCAAUCUUUACAUAAUAACUACUGUUUUUUUAAAGGAAGGCGGAUGGUUUUCCUAUUAUUGCAACAGCUCCGGCAAUACCUUAUCUUCCUCAUACACAGUUUGUUCUCACUUUAUCUCUUUGCAUACCGGACUUGGUUUCACUCUUACGCUUAUAUUUAAAAAAAACUCCAAAAUGUUUAUAUUUUCUUUCGUCUAAGAUAUGCUGUUGAAUCCCGUUAAGUCAUACCCCGGAUAAGUUGAUUUUUCAUUCCGCUACCAUUUUUUCCUACCUUGUUCGAGUAAGAAGUCCUAGCCCGGAUAAACUGGACAUUUGCUAAGUCAGGCCCUUUCCUCACACCGACGAGACUCAACUGAAAUGCUUCAAAUUUAAAGUACGGUACCUUGACUCGUGCUAAAAAGAUGAGAGGGACACCAAUAGAUAGUUGGUGGGAUCCUCAUUAGAGGGCUUUUAUGCCGUGUUGUGGAAAAGUAAGGCAGAAUUUGUGUCAGUGCGGUAGGAAGGUACCAUAGGAAGGUGUACCUAGCCAGAUUGGUGCGAUGUCAUCACUGAGUCUGUUUAUUGCUUUUAUGUUGUAGCUCUGAUAAAGAGUUAACUAGUUUUUUUUCAAGAAUUGCUCAAAGUAGCUUUCAGUAAAUAAGUUGUACAGAAGAUUGAAUCUGACUGUAAAUCGAAGGUCGUAAAAGAAAACAUUGCUUUCGGGGCUAUGAGGGCACAUGCUAGUCUGAAUUAAAUGAUUAGUGAUCCAGGAUGGAUUGCAAUUGUGAAACUUUUAAAAUCUUAGCUUAUGUAACAAAAAUAUAGCUACUAAAAGCAUUUAUGAAUCUUAAAAACAGCAAAUGUAUCUAAACUGAUAAUUAUAAAUUAGAAAUGAAUUAUUAAAUAACGGAAAUCACGGUAUAAGAUACGUUUUCUAUGAAAUUUUCAACCACUGUUUGAACAUGCAUUUGAACCAGCGGAAAACGCAAAUAUGUAGCUAAUGAGAAUCUGAAAUUCUCGUUAACAAUAUCACAUGUGUUAGCAAUAACGAACAAAUUUUAAUCACUUCCCAAAUAAUAAUUAUCAUAAGACUAAGAAAUCGCUGGUUUAUGUCUUAUUCUUGAAAUUGCAAGCCAUAUUCUUGAAAUAAAACCAUAACCAAUCUUCUGUUUGCGAUUCAGCCGUCAAAUAGUGAAUGGAUAGUCUAUUCUGUUUCUCGGAUAUUUGUCGAGGCUUUAGGGUGAUCUCUUCAAAAUUUUUGCAGCUGUUUCCUUGUCACUAGGUAAUCGUUAAAAGAUUCAAAGCAAGCAUCCUAUUUUUGUUACCUUUAUCAGUUAUGUUUCAAAACAGUUUAAUUUAUCAAUAAUAAGGUACCAUUCUUUUCAAGGUACUUUUUUGAGAUUUCUUUUUUCGAAGUUUAUGUUUAUCAUACUUUAGCUUGUGAGGCAAAUAAGGGACAGUAGGAAAAGAAUUGUCAAGUAAAGGAGGAUAAGAAUUACUAUUUGCUGUCUGCAAAAAAGAAAGGGUUUAAUUAUCCAAAUUACAUGCAUAAUCUAUUACUUGUUUGAUAAAAGCCCUGUUGGAUGUUGGAUGUAGAAAAAUACAACACCAUUAUAAGGUUGUGAUGUUGGCUCCCUUUAAGGAAAUAAACAACCUCAAAAGCACAAAACGAUGUAGUAAAAAACAAAAAUUCACAGCUAUUGAAGAAAAUGUCAAAUUCGUGUCUUGUUUUUUCAAGAAUACAAUAAUAGCACAAGAGGAAAUUUUGUUACCUCGUCAAAAAGGUAACCUAAUUUCCUACUAGGUAACCUAAUUUCCUACUAAAGCAGUACAUUAAGAUUUUAUCAACGACCGUGAGGAAAGCCAGUGAAAACAAAAAAAGGUAACACCCUAACCUUGUGUUGUUUUUGUUGUUUUUCUGAAGAAUUAAGAGUAUUGUCCGGAAAAAAAGACUUUUCUGGACCAAAACCAGAUAAUUUUUGUUGAGGCUUAAUGUUCUUACUUUUUAUAUAAUUAUUGAUUCGAGUGUUUUUUAUGUUAAUCUUAAGUGAACAAUAACUUUUCUACAUUUACAUGCUUUAAAUUGCGUCUAAAACCACCAAAUUAAUUUUUUUUGUGACAUUU